GGGGAUAAUUAUACCUUCAUGGCCGCCUAUCACAUAGUGAACGGCUCACCUCAUGCUCUCGGCCUACCGUCGAAGAAAGGAGGAAAGUUUCCCUACGAGUUCAUCAUUCCGUUGGCUGGUGAACGCGAUGAAGACGUUCAGUUGACCUUCUUUGCCAAAUCGGAGGAGUUUCGAAAUGCAUGGAUUAAGGCCACUGAAACGGCGUUGAGUAAUCAGUUCCCUCCCGGCGCCAAGGACAACGGGUAUCAGUUUGAAAUGGCCACCUUCAAGCAAACAACUUAUUGUUGCAUGUGUAAAAAAUUACUUCAGGGCGUUUUCUACCAGGGAUACCAAUGCAGAGAAACCGGUUUAGCUGCACACAAAGCCUGUCUGGUAAACGUUUCGACUCUUCUCCCUCCUCACACUUCCAUUUUGGUGGCCAAUGGAGGAAAUACCUACCAUCGCGGCAGUCACAUUCCCGGUGUUUUUCGACCCUCCAUCGGCUCAAUUUCAACCCCUCCUCAACAGUCGUCGGCACUUUCCCCUGCAAAUCAGCAUCACUCAUCUCAGCAACACCAUCGAGUCUCGCGCAAUACCAGCUCCGUCUCCACUGACUCUGCUAACAGCUCUUCUCUCCACCUUCGCAAUAGUUCGAACUCUUUUGAGGCCAUUGGAGAGGUCUUUACAGCGAAGACUACUGUGAUCACCGCUGUAGCCGCCUACUCGGGUGAACCCCCACCCCCACUUCCACCUCCUGGUGCAUUUGGUGACACGUCAAAGCGUCCCAAACCCCUCUCCUUCAACAUUGGCGACAGAAUCACCCUUACUCAACCUUUUGAUGGGUCAAGAUGGCUUCAUGGUCGACUAAAUGAUCAAGAAGGGUGGUUUCCAGCGUCACACGUGGAAAUUCCCUUGAAAUCGGAUUCUCUAUCCAACCUCACUACUUCACCACUGGGAACAGUGGCCUCCUCCUCCGCCUUGACUCGGACAGAACUACCACCAAUACCUGGCGACGGCAGUGGGUCUGGAGUCGCUCGCUCCUCCUCUCUCCGCACCUACACGACCCCCAAUUCUAACGGUGGUACCAAAACUACCGGAAGGCACCACAGCUGUGCUGGUGCCUCCCUUCCUUCUCCUCCAACUAACCAAUCAUUCUCUUCUAUGUCUUGGUACUUUGGAGAAAUGGAUCGGGCAGAGGCCACUCAGCUAUUGACGGGGUGUGAAAAUGGUACAUUUCUUGUGAGAAUUUCCAAAAAUGUUUCUCGAAUGGGGGAGUAUUCUCUCUCCGUCGUAUACCACCAUCCGCGUCACAUCCGUAUUCAGCGUAGCUCCGACUCCUGCUUCUAUCUCUGCUCUCCACAGCGCUUCAAGUCCCUUGAAGCACUUGUGGACUUUUAUUGCCGGGUCUCAUUGAACGAGUGUUUUGAUGAAGUGCAGACCUGCCUCAGAUUCCCCUACCAACGAUGCCCUGAGGACAGUGUACUCUUCUACGCACGAGCUCAGCAUGACUUUGAAGGUGACGCAAAUCCGCGCAUGCUGCCGCUGACCCGUGGUGAUCUCGUGCAUGUGAUCAGCACUCGGGCUAAGGAACAGGGCUGGUGGAAGGGCUGGCUGAACGGGAGAGUAGGUUUAUAUACAUAUUGUCAAUGUCAGUCAUUGUAUCAAAUCGGAUUUUUCCCUCUCUCCUUCGUCACUCGACAGCCGUGA